AUGUUAAUACCAUCAACAGUCCGAUCGUCAAUACGGUCAAUAAACAAAUCCAGACAUAGAUUCCGUCCAUCAUUGUUUCAACAGCAAUACCGUACCAUUAAACUAUUUCUUUACGCCGCAACUCCAAGUCAAGUCGGAUCACAAAAACUGGCAAACUACGAUAAAUUCAUUAUCAGUGAUCCUGAAUCAUGCAAUCUUCAGUUGAUAAACCCGGAUUCAAUUGUCUACGAAGCUCAAGAUGACAAGAAAGGAACAAUAGCUAUAGUCAAACCAGACCCUUCAUAUAAGGAAACAAACUUGAAGUGGGUUCUUGACAAUUGCAUUCAGCAUGGAACUUUUCUUGCAAAACCAGAGAAUCAGCAGAAUUCAACUCAAUAUUAUUUACAGAAAGUUCCGGAUCAAGAACUCAGAGGAAAUGUCUCAUUCCAAUCCGGUCUGAAAAAUGCACCAGGAGGUGACGCCUCUGCCCGUCGAGUCAAACAACUCAUUUUUACUCCGACACAUGACUGGGUAUUUAUACAAAGGCAACUCAAAGUCGCUCGAGAAUGGUUAGAGUUUUCGAAGCGGGCAGUGGUAGAGGUUCAUGUGUCUCCGAAUCGUAAGAAGGAUGUCAUCAAAAAUGAGGAGGUGGGAAAAUUUCCCGAUUUAUAUUUGCAUUUACGGCCUGAUGUUAUCGCAAAGGCUAUGCCUACAGGAAGCCGAAUCAUCAUAGAACCACAAACGGAUGGUUACGAAUAUUGUUGGGUUAUGUCUAGAAAUGGUUCUGAAUGUAAGAAAUUGUCGAAUACGUUUGAGAAUAAGAAGAUAUUGGAAAAGGAAAAGCAAACAUUGCUUAAAGAUCAGACUAAAAAUGCAAAAGGGAGAUGA